AUGGAGUUCGCUGCUGUAAUCGCCAUUCAAGCAUCUCUACGGUCUUCGCAACCUGCCAAAGUUUUCCUUGGGGGAAGUCCGUUCACAGAUGUAGUGACCACCACGCUGAAGCUGAGUAACCCUUCAGACAGAAAAGUGUGUUUUAAAGUGAAGACCACAGCCCCGCGCAGAUACUGUGUACGGCCCAACAGUGGAGUGAUCGAGGCGGGGGGCAGCGUCAACAUCUCAGUCAUGCUGCAGCCCUUCGACUACGACCCCAACGAGAAAAACAAACACAAAUUUAUGGUUCAGACCAUUUUUGCACCGGCGACCAUCACUGACAUGGAUUUGUUGUGGAAAGAAGCCAAACCCGACGACCUCAUGGACUCCAAACUCAGAUGUGUGUUCGAGAUGCCUUCUGAAAACGAUAAAGUGAACGACAUAGAAACGAUCAAAGCAGCGCCAAUGGUGAACUCGGUGAAGCCGGAGCCCACAGCCGCAGCGGUGUCCGGCUCUGUGGACGACGCGGAGGUGAAGAAGGUGCAGGACAAGUACAAGAGACUACAGCAAGAGAACGGCAAGCUCAGUGAGGAGAUCCGGCAACUAAAGGAGGAUAACCUGAGGAUGAGGAAGCUGCCGCGCACAGACCACAUGAGCACCAACUCCACCGGGCUCCUGGCCAGAGAAGCCAGCGUCACCUCCCUGCCCUCGCUCUGCGUCGUCAUCGCCGCCAUCUUCAUCGGCUUUUUCUUGGGGAAGUUCGUCUUGUAA